UCAAGAGAAAUGUGGAGACACGUUCCUGGGCACAGCAACCCAGCCGAUCUCCCUUCAAGAGGAUGCUCUGUUCAAACUCUUAAAGAGUCUAAGUGGUGGGAGGGCCCACAGUGGCUGAAAGGGUCAAAGGAGGAAUGGCCCGACUCAGCAGAACAAACCGAUGAAGAUGAGGUCUCAAGAGAGAGAGAGAAACCCGUAGUUGUAACCAAUCUUCAUACUCAUGAGACUACUUGGUAUUUGAAGCGGUUUUCAAAAUACUCAACUAUAGUACGAAUGGUAGCAUGGAUCCUUCGAUUCUGCACAAAUUGUAGAAACCCAGGUAGUAUAAGAAGAGGAGAGUUAUCCGUUGACGAUAUAAACUCGGCUGAGCAGAAACUACUAAAAAUUGUGCAGAAGGAAAGUUUUGGUGACACUGUCACGAAGAAUAAAUUGAAAGGCUUCAACACUUUCCGCGAUGCCGACGAUCUGAUAAGAAUAAAGACAAAAAUUUUCAGAAGGGAAGAUGAAGAAAACUUCAAAUGUCCCAUAGUUUUACCGUCUGAUCACCCACUUGUGGAAAAGUUAAUUUAUGAAAAGCAUCUGGUUUCUGGCCACAGAGGAACUCAAGUUGUCCUGUCAGAUCUUCGACAAACUUUUUGGGUUCUCAGAGGUCGGAAGACUGUUCAUAGGAUCUUGAAACGAUGCAUUCGAUGUAAGAGAUAUUCUUCCAAGAAAUUAGAAGCCGUGCCUGCCUCCCUUCCUGAAGACAGGGUUCGAGACGCGUUGGUUUUCGAGGUGACAGGGGUUGGCUUGGCAGGGCCACUCUAUUUGAAGAAUGGAGAUAAAGUUUGGAUAUUAUUGUUUACCUGCGCCGUGUAUCGGGCUAUCCAUUUAGAGCUGAUACAGAGCUGA